AAACAGAGUACCUAAUUUCCAGGCAGUAAAGGACCAAACACGCUUCCUUACUUUUUCAUUUGUUUUCAUUUUUAUUAUUUUUUCCUUGUUUCCGGGAAGGUUCCCACACAAUGUGUAGUCCUUGGAUAAAGUAAACCUAGAAACGCGCAAAGCUGGAAUGGAAUUCUAUGGGCAGAUCUUAGCUUAAUUUUAUAUGUAGGUGUUACUAAUUUGCAUUCCUUCUUCUUAGUCCGAUUACUGAACAAAUCUGACCUCUCUGAUAAUUAUAUAGGCCCUUUGAGCUAUAUUCUUAUCAUCCCUUCCACUUGCAACUAUGAAAAGAUCUUACUUUGCUUUUUCUUCUUCUUCUUCCCGUAGAACAGAAUAUGAUGUGUUUCUGAGUUUUAGGGGUGAAGACACCCGCAACAAUUUUACAAGUCAUCUCUGUGCAGCUCUUUGUAAGAAAGGAAUCUACACCUUCUUAGACGAUGAUAAACUUGAGAGAGGCAAAUCCAUUUCCCCAGAAUUGUUGAAAGCCAUCGAAAAGUCACGCUGUUCGGUCAUCAUUCUGUCGGAAAACUAUGCUUCUUCGAGUUGGUGUUUGGACGAACUUGUCAAGAUUCUUGAAUGUAGGGAGGCCUAUAAACAGAUUGUUCUGCCAAUUUUCUACCAUGUGGAUCCAUCUCAUGUACGGAACCAGAUUGGAAGUUUUGGAGAACCAUUCCAGAGAUAUGAACAAGAUUUUAGUCAAAAGGUGCAUAGAUGGAGGAAUGCUUUAACACAAGUUGCUUGUCUUGCUGGAUAUGCUUUACAUGAUGGGAAUGAAGCAAAAUUUACAGAAGACUUUAUCGUAGAGGUAUCAAAUAAACUUGGUGUUGCACAGUUAAACAUUUCAGAGGACCUUUUUGGUAUGGAUUCACGUCUGGAGAAAUUAAAUGUUUGUGUUUGUACUUCAUCAUUGGAUAAUGUUCACUUUAUUGGAAUUUGUGGGUUGGGAGGAAUUGGGAAGACAGCUCUUGCCAAAGCUUAUUAUUAUAGGAUGUCUUCUCAAUUUGAAGGUUGCAGCUUCCUUGCAAAUGUUAGAGAAGUUUGUGAAAAGAAGGAAAAUUGUCUUGUGUAUUUGCAAAAUCUUCUCCUUUCAGAUAUUCUAAAUGGUUUUCCUACAAAAGUAAGAGAUAUUCAUAAAGGAAUGGACAUGAUAAGAAGUAGGUUAUGCCAUAAGAAAGUACUUGUUGUCCUCGAUGAUGUUGACAAAUUAGACCAGCUAAAAGCAUUAGCCGGGAAAAGAAAUUGGUUUGGCUCUCGAAGUAGAAUAAUUGUAACUACUAGAGAUGAAAGUUUGCUUCUAAGUACAUAUAUAGAGUGUAAAAUAUAUAGAGUUGAGGAAUUGAAUUAUAGUGAAGGUCUUCAACUUUUUUCUCACAAAGCCUUCAAAAGUACUCAUCCGUCAAAGGAAUAUGAGAAGUUGUCUAAACAAGUGAUAGCUUAUGCUGACGGUCUUCCAUUAGCUUUAGAAGUACUAGGUUCCUUUUUAUGUGGAAAAAAUGUAAAUCAAUGGGAAAGUGCUUUGGAUAGGCUGAAGGAGUAUCCAAAUAAGGAGGUUAUGAAAGUACUUCAAAUCAGUUUUGAUGGACUUGAGGAAACAGAGAAAAGUAUUUUCCUAGAUAUUGCAUGCUUCUUUGAAGGACUUUCUAAAGAUUAUGUCAUACAAAUUAUGGGUGAUUGCGGUUUCUAUCCAGAAAUCGGUAUAAGAGUUCUCAUUGAUAAAUCUCUCCUAAAUGUUGACAAGUAUGGUGAUCUUCGGAUGCAUGACUUACUGCAAGAGAUGGGAAAGGAAAUUGUUCGGGAAAAAUCUCGCAACGAAUCCGGAGGAUGCAGUAGAAUAUGGGAUUAUGAUGAUUUAUGUCAUGUUUUAGAGCAUAACACGGGAACAAAAGUGGAAGCCAUAGUAUGCUGUCCUGUAGAACCAAAAAAAUUGAUUUGCAAUUUUGAAGCCUUCUCAAACAUGAAGAAGUUAAGAUUGCUCAUUCUUCAUAAUCUUGCCUUGGAAAUGAGAGAUUGUCACACACUGAAUAUUGGAUAUCUUUCUAAAGAGUUACGAUGCCUUCAGUGGCAUGUAUUUCCUGCCAAAUAUUUGCCAUCAAAUUUUUUCCAACGAGGUGGACUUGUUGAAUUGAAGUUGUGGUUGAGCAAACACCUUUGGAACAACCCUAUCAAGCCUUUAAACAAGUUGAAAACAAUUGUCUUACGUCAUUCAACAAAUUUAAGAAAGUUUGAAGACUUCGGGGUGGUUCCCAAUCUAGAGCGGUUGAUUCUUGAAGGUUGUGUGAAUCUAGUGGAGAUUCACCCAUCCCUUACACUUCUUGAAAGGCUUACCAUCUUGAACUUGAAAGGUUGCAUUGGUCUACAAAAUCUUCCAACAAGCAUGGUUGGUCUAAAAUCUCUCAAUUUUCUAAACCUUGAAGGUUGUGUAAGCCUUACCCACUUACCAGAGGACUUGGGGCUUUUAAAUAGUUUAGAGGGGCUUAAUUUGGGAGGCAUUUCUGUAGAAGACAGGGAUCUACCAUCUUCCAUUGCACUUCUUGAGAACCUUAAAACACUAUCUUGGAGCGGAGGACGACAAUGGAACAAUAUGAUGAAUAUCAUUGUUGGAAAAGAUCUCUCAUCAUCAGCUGGUCUUUUCUCUUUGAAAAAGUUGGAACUAAGCAGCUGCGGUCUUGGGAAUGGAGCAUUUCCUGAAAAUUUUGGGUGCUUAGUUUCUUUGGAAGUUUUAAACCUUAGCAAUAAUGAUUUUUCUCGCCUACCUGUCAGUUUCAAUAAACUAUCCAAGCUUGAUAUUCUGAAAUUAAGCUACUGUAGAGAUCUACAAUCGUUGGGGCCAGAGCUUCCUCCUGGUCUACGAAAGGUUCUUCUCGAGUACUGUUCUUCAUUGGACACGUUUCUUGAUGCAUUAAUGAACAAGCAAUACAACUUGGCGUGCUCUUUAAAUUGCGUGGGAUGCUUGAAAUUGGCAACAAGGCAGAGCAGCGAAAGGGCAGCAUUUACAUUACUUAAAAGACGCCUUCAGAAUAAAUCCUGCGUCGUAUUUAAUUUUAUUCUUCCUGGAAAUGAAAUUCCAUCUUGGUUCACUCAGACAAGUUUCGAGCCCUCCAUAAAUUUACAACUAGAUCCGAAUUGGUGCAACCGUAAGUGGAUGGGUUUUGCUCUUUUUUCAUGCUUUCUUAUAGCAAGCCCAAGUUUUGGGUUUGAUGUAAUGAUUGAUCAUGAAGAGGGCCCUGUAUGUGGAUUUGGACAAGUGCCCACUUAUAAAGGAAACGUGGUCUCAGCGGUUGAUUCCCCAGUGGAUCACCUUUGGAUAGCGUAUCUGCCUCGUGAAAUGAUCCCGGUCAAUCAAGAGUGGUUAAACAACUGCAGUCGGCUAACGUUUUCAUUUACAACAAAAGACUUGGAUGGUAAAACAUAUUCAAACAAGCUCGUUAGAUCGUGUGGUGUCCGUUUGGUGUAUGAGCAAGACAUAGAAGAUAUGAACCCAAUUUUCAGCAACGACAUCGAAUAUCCUCUUGAAGGAUGAGGAGAAAAAAAAAAUAAAAAUUACUCCACCUUGUAUAUAUAAAUUAUAUUUUAAUUUUGGUUGUAGCUUAAUAUAGUUAUUGUCAAUUUUGCUUGUGUUACGUGCAGAUAUUGCAUUUUAACUGUUUUUAAAUAACAAUGCUGCAUGGGCAUUCCCUUUUAUUUUA